GCAAGCUGUCUCCGCCGGUCAACCUGCUUUUCGCUCUCCAUGUCGCUGCGAACGGCCUUGACCGCGACCGCCCGACUUCACCGCAUGGCAAGGCAGGAGUGCCGACCAGAUGUUUUCACGCGGAAUGUCUCUUCACGCGUCCCUCUUGGCAAACCAUCCGUCUCGGAAUCAGAACAUGCUCUCCCUUCUUCAGCUUCUUCUCCGCCCUCCAUACUCAGGGCGACAGGCUCCUCUCUACCAGGCUCACUACCCCCGGAGGAAGAAGGACCAGGAGAACUGUCUGAUCAAGAGUGGGAGAUUCGUACAGGACGUGCGAUCUACAUCCUUCAGCAGACUCUCCCUACUUUUUUCUCCACAGGCCUCAUCUCAUCAGUAGACACCUCCGGAGGGAACGAGAAAGGAGACAAGAGCGACGAGAUAUCCAUUUACAGCCCCAACGUCAGGCUAGAGUACCGACCACCCGUACCUUUUCCACCCCCUUUUCCCAGGACGUUGCACGUCGAAGGACUUCCCCUUUACAUGGGCUCGUCGGUGUUCGUCAGACAUACCCUGAGUGCACUAUACACCGAUCUUCGCGUGGAGCUUCAGCGGGUACGGGUGCACGGCCCUCGAUCUUCGUCAGGCCCACCUCUAGACAGCAGCGCAAAUCCGAACGCACCGGGAGACAUACACCGAUCGCAACAGAGCAAAACGCGCAGCAACCGCGAGAAGAGCCUUUUUGUAGGCCUUAUGGUCCAUGGCAUCAAUCGCGUUAGCAAAGCCGAAGGCGGUUGGCAAGUGAACUCAACAUAUACGUUCUCUCCCAUCACUGGCCUCAUACAUCUGCACGUUAUUGACUCUAUCCAUCCUGCCCCACAUCAAGCGUUCUUUAGUGCGCUUCAGGCUGCUCUGAGCAAAAUCGGUCUCGGUAGUACGCGAGAUGCAGGCGAAAGCGGAAUGGCUAGAGCACAACCAUUAUCGCAACCGCAACCUUCACGCUCAGAGAUAUGACCUCUAUAACCUGUUUAACUCGGCAAUCCGACAGAGUGUACGCUCAAAUGUCCCAGCUUACUUUAUCUCGCGCAUGCCCGCAGUAUAUAUAAUGUAGCCCACCACUCUACUUCACAAAUGACAGCACGCUUCGAAU